AACUCAAGAACCUCAAACUAUCAGUCCAUAUCUAGCAACCUAAUUAAAUCGUUCCCAAAUUUGUCCUAAGGCAAAUCAAUGGCAUCUGGUGUUUUGAACGUCCUCCUCGCGUUUGUUUUCCUCAUUUCUGCAACGACAGUCCUCUCCACUUCACUAAGAUACGAUUACUAUGCAAACGGUUGCCCCGCAGCUUUGCCUACUAUAAAACGUGUAGUCGAGGAUGCUGUGCAGAAGGAGCGCCGAAUGGGUGGCUCCAUCCUCCGCUUACAUUUUCACGACUGUUUCGUAAAUGGUUGUGAUGCCUCCAUUCUCCUCGAUGAAUCCACUCCCAGUAGCAAAAGAAAUGCCGGACCUAAUGUGAGAUCUGUGAGAGGAUUUGAAGUGAUUGACCAGAUUAAGAAGGAGGUGGACAAAGUUUGCGGCCGCUCCGUGGUCUCUUGUGCAGACAUCUUGGCUGUUGCAGCUAGGGAUUCGGUCGUCGCACUUGGAGGGCCAUGGUGGCAAGUGCCCCUCGGCAGAAGGGACUCGACAAGAGCGUACUUAGACAUAGCCAACAACGACAUUCCUCGGCCGAACAUGGACCUCCCACAACUGAUAAACUCCUUCAACAAGCAAGGGCUCAAUGUUAAGGACCUCGUUGCUCUCUCCGGUGGCCAUGCCCUAGGGUUUGCUCAGUGCUUUGUUUUCAGGAACAGGGUCUACAAUGAAUCCAACAUCGACCCCAAGUUCGCAGAUCAGCUUAAGAAUAUCUGCCCAAGAACUGCUGGGAAUGGGGACACGAACCUAGCCGGGCUGGACUCCACCCCAGUCUGUUUUGACGUGUCAUACUUUGCUAACUUGCUGAAUCACAAGGGGCUUCUGCACUCCGAUCAGGCAUUGUUUGGCGGUGUCUCGACUGAUCAACUAGUGAAAAACUACAAGUACAACCCGAAAUUAUUCUGGGCAGAUUUUGCUAAGUCGAUGGUCAAGAUGGGAAAUAUAAAGCCACUGACCGGGAAGCAGGGUGAAAUUCGCUCGAUAUGCAGUAAGCUUAAUUAAUUAUAUUGAGAUGGCUGUCUAUCGAAUUGAUUGAGAUCAGCUGUUUCGCUUUUUGGGAUAAUGUUCAAGUUGUGGUAUGUUAUGUGCAAGUCUCAAUGUCAGUCUUAUAGCUCUUUUUUUUUUUUUGAGGUCCACUUAUAGCCUCCUGUUGAUGUGGCCAAAAAAAUUAUUUUUGUAUGUUACCGGAAAAAUAGACAUUAUUUGUAUAAACCACGAGGAAUUUUUUCGGUUAGUCAGUCUCAGUCAUCCAAAAGUGUAUACUUUACUUCAGUCAAUCAGUAAAAUUACGUAUUUAUUUUGAUCUAGUCUGGCUUA